AUGGGUCAAUAUUCAAAUCAAGGUUCCUCAAGUGAGUCUAGGUUGGAAGGCAUGCUUGAACGGGUAUUGCAAAAUCAAGAGAAGUCUGAUACUUCUAUGAGGAAUAUGACUGAGCUUGUUGGUUCUCAUACCGCAUUCAUUCAAAAAUUAGAUAUGCAAAUGAGAGACCUCUCUAGGGAACAAAAUCCAAAUCAAAAAGGGACACUUCCAAGUGACACAAUUGCGAACCCCAAGGGCAGUGGGAGUGGUCCAACUUCUCAUGUCAUGGCAAUUACUACACGGAGUGGAAAGGUACUAGAAGGUGGGAGUGAACAAGGGGUUGAAUUUGAAGAGUCCGAACAAGAGGCUGAGGUUGAAGAGCCAAGUGUUGUUGAAGUUGAAAGAGUUCCGGAAGAAUUGAAAGUGCAAGAAGAGAACCGGGAAGAGGUAAAGGAAAAGGUAAAAGAGACAUCAAAAACUCUACCAUCUAUUCCUAGACAUCCUCCUCCAUUCCCUCAAAGACUUUCUAGAAAGGUUGACAAUAGCAAACUCGAAAAAAUCUAUGACAUUCUCAAGCAAUUAUCGGUGAAUAUUCCAAUUGUGGAAGCAUUUCAAGAGAAGCCAUGUUUUGCUAAAUAUUUGAAUGAUUUGAUUACCAAGAAGAGAACCAUCAAAAAUGAAGUGAAAGAAGACCCGGGAGCUUUCACCAUUCCUUAUACUAUUGGAGCACAUGAUUUUGCAAGAGCCCUUUGUGAUAAUGGGGCUAGCAUCAACUUGAUGCCUCUUGCUAUUUACAAGCAACCAGGGUUAGGUAUGCCAAGGCCCACAAAUAUGAGAUUGCAAAUGGCCGAUCGUUCCAUAAAGAGACCGGUGCGAAUUGUUGAUGAUGUGCUUGUUAAAGUGGGAAAGUUUCAUUUACCCGCCAAUUUCAUAAUCCUUGAUUUUGUGGUUGACAAAAAGAUCCCUAUCAUUUUGGGGAGACCAUUCCUAGCCACAGGAAGAGCACUAAUGGUUUCGGAACGGAAUGAGAUCAAAUUUCGUGUGAAUGAUGAAGAGGUUACAUUCCAAGCAAGCAAGGGUAUGAAACUACCACAUGAAAUUGAGAGCAUCUCGGUGAUUGAUGUUGUUGAUGAAGUGGAAGAUGCGGUUGAAAUAAAGAUGGAAGAACAAUGCCUCGGUGAGGCGUUAGCGGCUAUUUGGUAA